AUGAUUCCACCACCUCCUCUCGCUUCGCCCACCCCUUCAGAGCCUCAUCAUCCAUCCGAUCUGCCACGUCUAGAAUUGGUUGCGUUUCCUUUGAAACCACCUGCACUACCGUCUACCAGUAACUCCCAAUAUGCGGGUGAGCAGGGCCUGGACGGCCAAUGCCGGACUGGCCGUCGUAAUCAGCGUGUCCUGAAACAGAUCAAUAUGGGUCGUAUGGGCGUUGCCAAAAUUGGCAAUUUUGCGGGAGAGGCUCACGCCGGAAUCGGCGGUGUAAUUGUAGUUGACGCAGAGAGUGAGCAAGUUGGGAAGGACGGCCAGGAAGAAGGUGAUUGUAUCGUCGACUCCUAA